AUGGUGGAUGGAUUAUGUGAACAGUUCAAGGUCAGACAUCAAAAUUCUGCCAUUUACAGGCCUCAGAUGAAUGGAGCCGUCGAAUCCGCAAAUAAGAAUUUGAAAAAGAUUAUUCGUAAGAUGACUGAAGCACACCGGGAUUGGCAUGAGAAACUGCCUUAUCCACUGAUGGCGUACAGAACUACAAUCAGAACUUCUACAGGGGCAACUCCUUACUCUCUUAUGUAUGGAAUGGAAGCAGUACUGUCUACAGAAGUUGAAAUUCCUUCCUUACGCAUUCUAAUGGAGGCUCAGAUAGAAGAAACUGAAUGGGCCCGAGAACGUCAGGAGCAGUUGUCUCUCAUUGAUGAAAAGAGGUUGAAUGCUGUCUGCCAUGGACAAUGUUAUCAGCAACGAAUGGCUCGGACUUACAAUAAAAAAGUCAAGCCCCGUUUGUUUGACGUUGGAGAUAAGGUUUUGAAAUGGAUUCUUCCAAUGCAAGAUGAGGCUAAAGGGAAGUUUGCUCCCAAUUGGCAAGGACCAUUCAUUGUUAAGAAAGUGCUAUCUGGAGGAGCGCUUAUUCUUAUGAAAAUGGACGGUCAAGUUUUUCCCCAACCAAUCAAUGCAGACAUGUGCAAAAAGUUUUUCAUUUGA